GUUCCACUGUACUCUUUUGAUGGUUCCUUUUUUCUUCAUAGGGUGAUCAAUGCAGGGAAAAGUACGCACAACGAGGACCAAGCAAGCUGUGAAGUGCUUUCAGUGAAGAAGAAAAUGGGGGCAACUAAUUCAACACCAAACAGAAAUUCCUCUACUAAGCGGAGAUCAUCAUUGCCCAACGGGGAAGGGUUGCAACUGAAAGAGAAUUCAGAAUCGGACAGCAUUUCUUUCCAUUAUUGGUCAUUAUUUGAUGGCCAUGCUGGAUCUGGGGCCGCUGUGGUAGCCUCAAAGUUGCUGCAGCAUCAUAUUGCAGAGCAGUUGCAGGAGAUAGUGGACAUCCUGAAAAACUCUGCUCUCCCACCUCCCACCUGCCUGGGGGAAGAGCCAGAAAGCAUGAAUGCCAACAGCAGAACUCUAACCCGGGCAGCCUCAUUGAGGGGAAGCGUUGGAACUCCAGGUUCACCUGGCACUCCACCUACUCGCUUCUUUACAGAAAAGAAGAUCUCACAGGAAUGCCUUGUGAUGGGGGCUAUUGAGACCGCAUUCAGGGAAAUGGAUUUGCAGAUAGAGCGAGAAAGAACUGUCUACAAUAUAUCUGGUGGAUGUACAGCUCUUGUUGUGGUGUAUUUAUUAGGGAAGGUCUAUGUGGCAAAUGCAGGUGAUAGCAGGGCCAUAAUAAUCAGAAAUGGAGAGGUUAUUCCAAUGUCUUCAGAAUUCACACCAGAAACAGAGCGCCAGCGGCUCCAGUAUCUGGCCUAUAUGCAGCCCCAUUUGCUGGGAAAUGAGUUUACGCAUUUGGAGUUUCCAAGGAGAGUUCAGCGAAAGGAAAUUGGAAAAAGAAUGCUUUAUCGAGACUUUAGCAUGAUUGGCUGGGCAUACAAAACCAUUGAAGAGGAUGACUUGAAGUUUCCCCUUAUAUAUGGAGAAGGCAAGAAGGCUCGUGUCAUGGCAACUAUUGGGGUUACUAGAGGACUUGGAGAUCAUGACCUGAAGGUGCAUGACUCAAACAUCUACAUCAAACCUUUUUUGUCCUCAUCACCAGAGGUAAGAGUAUAUGAUCUUCUCCACUAUGAGCAUGGACCAGAUGAUGUGCUAAUCUUAGCUACAGAUGGACUCUGGGAUGUACUAUUAAAUGAAGAAGUAGCAGAAGCUGUCACUAAUUUCCUGCCAAACUGUGACCCUGAUGAUCCACACAGGUACACACUAGCAGCUCAGGAUUUGGUAAUGCGAGCUAGGGGAGUGCUGAAGGACAGAGGCUGGAGGAUAUCCAAUGACCGACUGGGCUCAGGAGAUGACAUUUCGGUCUAUGUCAUUCCUUUAAUACAUGGAAACAAACUCUUGUAAAAGCAGCACCAGUGCUAGUAAUAGGAAAUGUUUGAGUCUUACCAAGGACCUUUGGAAAAAACAGUCUGUUGAUAAAUGAGAGUAGUGGUUCAAACAUAAAUUCUCUUAAGCUUGAUUGACCUGAACUGUUUGUACCUGAAAUCUAGGGCUGAUUUGUACAUAAUCUCUUAGAAGUUGCAGCUUCCCUAAGCUUAUAUUAUUGGUACAUAUCAGGACCAGAACUUUAAUGCUGCUAGUAUAUUAGUGCUUUCUUUUUAAUGUGCCUCCUGGUGAGGACACUGUUGUGAUCUGACUGAAUUUAUUUUUCCCAGUUUAAUGUAGCCUAAAAUGCUAAAUGAGAUGUGAAUUGGGAAGAUCAUAAUUGAAACUGGAUAGGCAGCCUUUAUUUUCCAAUCUCUCUGUAAGCUGACUUUAAUUUAGAACACAUUUAAUUUAUAAAUUACUAAAGUUAGGAAAACCUGAUACUCUAUUUAGGUAUUGUUUGCUGAAGAUAGUGAUGUUUCAAUGGAGAAUUUCUAGAGGGUUAUGCAUAUGAAUUGAAGCUUUUUUCCUCUAUACUGUAAUGAAAAUGUUCAGGUCCUUCUAUGUGCUUGGGUGAUGAAAUCAGCUUUUUUUCUGGGUUCAGUCUAGCACCUGUCAGUAAAGUUGCCUAAGAGAAUAGGGAAAUAUUGGGUGGUAAAUCUAUUUUUGUGUUAUCUUUUUGUCAAGUGUGUAGCUAUAAUGUAGCAGACUGGGAGAUUCUUUUUACUUAAUAUUUAUUUGGUAUCAGAUAUUUUCAUGCAUUAGAUGCUUAGGUCUCCUCUGUAUACAGUAUUCCUAUUGAAAUAAUUUUCCUACAAAUACUGUUUAUUUGGAUGUACUGGAUAAAUGUUUGUCUUGUUUAUUCUUUAGCUAUUUAAUGGUAGUGAGUUUUAGAACAUUCCUUUAGAACAAUGAGCUUCUCCCCUUUUCCUAUUAUACUCUUUGAGCAUUCAUUCCUUUUACUGCUUCUAUUGUAUUCCAUUGCCAGGAUGCAGUAGGUAAAACUGUAAAUUAUAAAUCCAUGUAGUAUAGCAAGAGGUUUUGAAGAACAACAAGCUUCAUCAGUUUGUUUGUAAUUGUCAAUAUUAAUAAAAUAUCAAAAUAUCAAAUAGAUGGUAACAAAUAUUCCAGUAAGAAACUUACUCAAGCAAAGUAUUCACAAUUAUAUACACAUCAUGCAAGCCACCUCUUCUGGAAUAAGAUGCUUGAGUUGGAUUCCUCAGGUAUUAUCUUCUCAGUCAAGAAAUAUAGUAACACAUCCUGUAUCAUUUAAAAUGUAAAUGAUAUGACUGGAAAAUAGUGAUCAACUUUUGAGAGAUCUAAAAUAUUUUAAAUAUUUUCCAAAAAAGAAGCUUUCAGCAUAACAAGGAAAUGGUUCUACAUGUUUUCAUGUCUUUUUUCUUUAACACUUCUCCCAUCUUCAUAGUAUUAAGCUGAACUAUAAUAUUUUUUGUGGGGCAGGCAUUUCAUAUGCUGCCUUUGCAUCAAUACAGAUGUUUUUUCAGUAGGGUACUGCUACUGUAAAUAAGUUUGAAUCUGUAAUUGAACAGUUCAGAAGAUAAUUAAUCAAUGAUAUCAACUAAAUCUGUAUGCAAUAACACAUUUAAUAGCGGGCUUCAUGAAAUCUUAAAUUGUUAUAAACAACGUUUCAUUGUGUAUAGUCUUUUCAACUGUGUAAAGAAAUGUGGAUGUGGAUGUCACACAGAAUGCACUUUUGCAUUCACAGUAUGCGCUUUUCAGUUCAGGUAAUUUUUAAUUUAGGUUGAUAUUCAGUUUUAUUUCAUGCACAUUUGUGAAGUCAAUGUUUCCUGGAUAAAAUACUGUCACUGGCUCAUCAUCACUUUCUAACGUAAUAUGUGUGUGGGAAAAAUGUGCUGUGUUGUCUGUCUUCAUUCUGCUUUUAACAUAUUCCUCACCUCUAAAACCCUUUUUAGAAGCAAACCAUCCCACUAGUUAAUUAAAACUACAGAUUUAAUUUUUAUGUUACUCUACCACAUGGGCACGUUGUAUUUUAUUACAGUCCUACUAGACACCUGGGCAUCAAAAUGGCUCAGAAUAAUCAAUAGCAGGAAUUGUAUGCAUUUACCACUAAUAUAUUAUCUGUGCAGUUACUUUUUUUGUAAUCGCUGGGAUUUCCAGUAAUCUAAUAAUACACAACACAGAUUCAAUUCCAGUGUUGUGAUUUUACAUUAGUUCUUUGCAGAUGCUACUUAAUUUGCAUAAUGAAAAACAUGGGUAUCUGUAGAAGCUUCCUGCUUUCAUCAGAAUUAUGAAAGGAGCAUCGUGCCAUUGUGUUACAACCUCCACCUCUUGGAUGUACUGUGACAUUAUGACAUAGGUACAAAAGGGAUGGAGUUUGCAUCAUGACAGUGCCACAUUGCUUUUGUCAGUCUAUCCCUUUACACCCUCCCCCCCAAUAAUAUAUCCAUUAGCAAUAUCUUCAAAAGUAGUCUUAGAAAUGACUGCCUUGUUUUUUUUCCAGCAGCAGCAGUAUAAUAAAAUAAAACAAUCAAAAUAAUAAAACAAAAAGAAGCAGAUUAUAAAUACCUUUGCAAUGGAUUUGUCUUAAUAACACUGUAAUGGCUACCAAGUGCUUCCUGGAAAUACCAAAGUCCUACUCAGGACUUUACAAUGAAAAGAAAUGUAGUCAUGUCAGUCUAAUGCACAUCAAAUAACACUGACUCCCUUAACUAAAUUCAGAAAUUUAAGCUGACGCUGAGACUUUCCUCCAUCUGUACUGGUGCAGAGCUUCUUCAAACUCUUUGGUCUUGUUCGAAAAGAAUGUUUUUGAGUCAGCAAUGGUUCCCUCUCCACCCUGAAAGAGUUUUCUAUAUGUCUUUGAGUAGUAUCCAGAUAGACAUAAGUGGCAGUUACUUAUAAAUCUUUCCAAAGCAUUUGGUCUUCUAGAAUGGUACUCUGUUGAAGGAACUGUAUCAACUCCUGCAGCUUCUGCAUCUGAUAGAGUUGAAGUGGAUCUCAUGCCAUACGUUUGAUGAUUAGACUGCAAAUUAAACACUUGCCAAGAUCAAUAGAGAGGUAUCAGAAAGUAUCUCUGUUUUUUAAUUGAGAAAAGAAAGUUCCACUGGGAUAGCAAAACCUAGCAUAGACUUCUAUAACACUCACUUAUAAAUAAAUACAUGUGAAGUAAUACUCCAAUAAUUUGUAUUAAUUAUGUCAUAGAAAUUAUUAUUAUUUAGAGUAGGCUUCCCCAGAUGUACUAGACUACAUUUUCCUAAUAGCAUCUCGGUUAUAUUGGGCCUUGGUCAUUUGAGGUAUUAUUGGAGGAAUUGUCCAGCACAUAUGGAACAAAACAAGAUGAGGAAGAAUACCUUAAAAAUAAUGAUGCUAUUUCAACUAUUUUAUACACCAAAAUAUUGAAAAUUACAUUUAAAAGUAACCAGGCUGUACCUUCACUUAAUAUACAUUACUGUAUAUUAAGGACCUUGAAGCGGUGUUGGUAAAUAAAAUUGAAUACCCAAUUUCACUCCCUCUGCCCCCAAACUGGGGAAACUCAUUUUUUAAAUAAUGGCUAAGUUAAAACCAAACUCAAAAUAUUUCUAGGAAAAUAUACAUUCAGAUAAAAUGCAGAAGAAAUUCCUUGUCUAAUGGAGCAGUUUAAACGAUCCAUGAUAUACUUGGUAUAUCAGUUGGUAUCAAGUCAACAACUUGGAUCUCUCAGAAUUCGAAGAGAUGUAUUAUUGCAUUAUUAGGUUUAGGUUUGACAACUGUAGUCUAAAAUUUCCUUUAUUGAAUUAAGCAGUACUUUUUGAAUGAUUCUUAUAACAUUUGCUUCCAAUUGUAGCUAACAACUGUAAUGUUUUUAAUGAAAUAUUCCAACUCAGAUGAUCCAAGAUCUUGUUUUCAGUACUCACCAGUGCCCAUGAAAAGGUACAUCUUCAUUACAAUCUAAGACCAGCAGCAUAUGACAGGUGAUCUUGGACUACAAGCAAUAUUGAAAUGGUUUGCAUCAAGAGUUGUCAAAGUGCUGAAAGUAGUCUUUGUAUGUAUUUUCUUUAAGGUUUGAUUCUUAUUUUUGAUAAUGAAGCACUACAGCCCUACCAAGUCCAGUUUGGUACUUUUGCCCUUUGUACAUGCACUGUUGCAGUUUGCAUCUUACAAACAUUUGCACACUCUCAAUUCAUUUUGCUUUUCUUUCAAUUGAAGAGAAUAUGAUGGAUCUGAUGUUGUAGGCAGUGGCCAAAUACCUCUUCAAUCAUUCUGCCAAAUUCUACUUGCAUUUUACUUGAAGGAACCCUUUCCCUGCCAACCUCUACUUUAUUUUGUUCCAUUGUAUUUCAUUUUAAUUCAGCAGCUGCCCAUUAUUUUGGUGGUACAGUGACUGUACUUAUGGAAUAUAUUAUUUUCUAGGUUCAGCAUUCUAAAUGAUGAAAAUAAUUUGAUGGAUAAAAAUGAUUUAGAUUAAUGUACUUAACAUUGUGACUGUGAAAUGUCAAACUUUUUGUAACUUAACAAAAAUGUUUAGCAAAGGGAUAUAUUUUAUGUGUUUUGAAAACUUUUCAGUGCAAUGUAAUUAAGGAAGCUGAAAAACCAGAAAAAUGUA